AUGCAGCCCGGGGAGAUCAGAGCGCUCAAGAGCGAGUCCAAGGGCGGCUGUGAGCGCGAGCGCCCGCCCAAGUUCGUGCGGGGCAGAGACGAGAUAACCGGGGACGAGUAUGAUGGCCAGGACAGGGUGGAGAUGAGCUGUGGACACACGGUGGAUCCAGAGAGCCUGAAGGCCUGGUGCCUCCAGCUGAUAAACCAGAGACACUCCAAGCUUUGCUGCCCUGCUGAUGUCAAGGGGGAGAAGUGUGGGGCCCAGUGGUCCUACCCGGAGGUGCGCCGCUCUGCCAUGCUGGGUGCCUCUGAGCAGCGGGACUUUGAGCAGAAGCUUGCCCUGUUUGCACUGAGACUCUACUGUGACUUUAAAGAGUGCCCGGGCUGCAAAAGCUUCGUGGAGAGGAAGGACCAGACCUCGCUGCGGGUGUUGUGCACAAUCUGCACCUCCACGCAGGGGAAGGAUUACGAGUUCUGCUGGCAGUGCCUGAAGGCCUGGAAAGGGCCCGGGACAUCCUCAGUCCGUUGUGGCAAUGAGGGCUGCAGGGACCAGAUCCUGCAUGUCCUGGCCACCUGUGCCACCAAGGACCUCCCGGGCAGUGAGGUCCGAGACUGCCCUUCCAUCCGGGCCUGCCCCACGUGCGGGCUGCUCAUCGAGCACAAGAAGAUGUGCAAAUAUGUCACGUGCUCCCAGUGCCAUGUGGCGUUCUGCUUCGCCUGCCUGGAGACCGCGCAGGCCUGCCAGGACACCAGGCCAAACAGCUGGUUUAGGAAGUGCGCCAAGUCCCUGGCCCCGCGGCAAAGCCACGUUCCCGUGUGGAGCCAGCCGCAACAGAGAAGUCCACGUGAAAGCCACGUGGACCAUGGGAAUAACCAGCAACAGCAGAAUCGUCCUCCAGUAGACAGUGAUGGGAGGUGUGUGAUUCUGUGA